GAAAGGCCUUUGAUGUAAAGUAGCGCUUGUUUUGCAAAAAUGGCUAUCGAGAUAGAGUCGGCCGAUGUUGUCCGACUUAUUGAACAAUAUCUAAAAGAAUGUAAUUUAUUGAGAUCCCUUCAAGUUUUGCAGGAGGAAACUGGCAUAUCACUUAACACAGUCGAUUCAGUUGAAGGAUUUAUGACUGAGAUUACUAAUGGUCAUUGGGACACUGUGUUACAAGUUGUACAAAACUUGAAACUGCCUGAUCAUAAACUUAUGGACCUGUAUGAACAGAUCGUUAUAGAAUUGGUUGAGCUACGUGAAUUGGGUGCUGCGAGGACAUUAUUACGUCAGACUGAUCCAAUGAUAGCAUUAAAACAAGCUUAUCCUGAGCGGCAUGCGCAUCUUGAAAACCUUUUGGCUCGAUCAUAUUUCGAUCCACGUGAAGCUUAUUUGGAAGGACAGUCCAAGGAAAAACGUCGUCAAGCCAUAGCUGCUUCACUUUCCGGAGAUGUUAAUGUAGUCGCCCCCUCACGUCUUCGAGCCCUUUUAAGUCAAGCACUAAAAUGGCAACAACAUCAAGGCCUGCUUCCCCCAGGUACUGCAAUUGAUGUUUUUCGUGGUAAAGCAGCCUUGAAAGAACUUGAAGAUGAAAAGCCACCAGUUACAUUAUCUGUGACUAUUCGAGU